AUGCAGCACCCGAGCGUCAUCAUCGGCAGCUACGUGAACCUGACGGAGGAGAAGACUGGCACGCGCGACCCGAGCUUCAACACGCGUCUGACUGUCGAAGGCCGCGACGCUGAUGAAGUGAAAAGCGUCGGCGACAAGCUCGUUGAGCUGUUCAAGGGCACGAUCGCUGACCCGGGCACCGUCGUCCGCAGCAGCAGCACGGCCAGCAGCGGUCUGGCGCCUCCUCCGCCGCCGCCUCCGGGCAGCGCGCCCAUGCCGCCGGCUCCGCGCUUCUCGCCGCUGGACCACGCGUCCCCCGAGGUGACGCAGAGCAACCCGCUGCACCAGCUCCUCCAGCAGCAGCACGCGCCCACAGCGCCGCCCGCGCCCAUGCAGUUCCCCGCGCCGCCCGCCGCGUCGUCGCUGGCCAGCCAGAACCAGUUCCUGCAGCAGUUCCUGGCCUCGUCCUCCUCCAGCCACAUGCGCCCCGUGCCCUUGUCCACGCCCAUGGGCAUGUCCAUGCAGGCGCCGCCCAGCUCGCUCCUGCCGCCGUUCCAGCAGCAGGCGCCACCCCCUCACGCCGCGUUCCCGCCGCCGCGCGCUGCCUUCUCCCAGUUCCAGCCGGUUCCCAGCCUCUCGUCCACGGGCGGGGGCAUGUUCCCGGCCGCGCCGCGCAGCUCCACCUCGGCGUCUAUCGGCAGCAAUGGCGCGUCCGCCUCCUCCUCGCUCACGGGCUCUCCGCGCCGCGCGGCCGGGGAGGCUUCGGCCACGCACCCGCCGCCCGGCGUGCGCCUCAGCGGCGAGAGCGUGGACUACCGCCCGCGCGCCGAGACGGACAGCAGGUCGCUCGAGGUCAUGCCCAUCACGCUCUACAACUCGGAGCGCGCGUCGCAGCUGGGCAACCUCAUCUCGGUGAACGAGCACUUCAUCUCAUACCCGAUCCGCAACGGCCUCAUCCGCGUCAUCAGCCAGAGCUCCGUGGACAGGCUGCUCCUGCGCAAGCACGAGCACCACGCCGUCUCGGAGCUCGCCUUCUUCAACAGCAAGUCGGACCUGUUGCUGAGCGCGGGCUCGGACCACCACGUGGCCAUCUGGGCCAUCCAGAAUGACCCCAUGAGCCGCGAGCUCGUCAAGCUCGUGCCCACGCAGGCGCAGCGCGUCAAGUGGCACCCGUCCGACUCGAACAAGAUCGCCAUCGCCAACGGCAGCGUGGUGUUUAUUGCCGACCUCACGGACGUGGACGCCGAUGGAACGGGAGCCGAGAACCUCUACGACAUGAGCGUGGUCUGCGGCCAGACGUCGGGCCAGAUCAACGACAUGGCCUUCUCCCCCGGCAACGGCGAGUGCGUCGUCACUGCCGGCAGUGACGGCCUCGUGCAGGUGUACCGCGUCCAGGGCCGACUGCCAGGCCAGCCAGCGGAGUUUAUCCAGCGGUUUGAGCCAUUUAGAGGCGAGGAGGUCAACAGUCUCCACUUCUACGGUGGGAACUUUUCCAACCAGCCGGGACUUUUCAUCGGAGGCGAGGCCAACACGCGCCUAUCGCUGUGGAACGCGGCGCUGACUGAGAACACGACGCCUGUGUGCUACCAGACGGUGACGAUCCGUGACGAAACGCAGGAAGACUCGGAGCUGAUCCAUGAGACCAUCUUGGACCCCACGACGCACUUCUUGUUUGUCGCGGACCGCGCCAAGCCGCUGGUGUACGCGUUCCACUUGGCGCCCAGCUCGGACGCGCGCACGCCUCGUCGCUUUGACAACGUUACCGAGUUCGCGCUCGCGUACCCGGUGCUCAGUAUGGGGUUACUGAACCGGACAGGACAGAGCCAGUCGGCGCGUGACGGCGCUGACUUCGCCUCGGCUCUGGGUGGACUUAACUUUUCCAUGCAGUUGUACUGCCUUCAGACUCAAGCUAUUCAGAGGUAUCACGUGGCGGCCAGUGACUGCUUUAUCCCUGGCGCGCGUGGAUCCAUUGAGGAUGAGGUUGAGGCUGGUGAGAACGUUGGACAGACGGUUGGUGCUGUGACGACGGAAGGAGAGAACAUCGAGACGUCGUACCAGACUGCGGCCGAGUCCCCACGAGCUGCCACCGCUGCGAUUUCGGCUCCUGAGACGGAGAUUGACGCACAGGCACCUGAAGACGAGGAAGAGGAGGAAGAGAGCAACGCCGAUCAGCACGCUCCGCUUCGUUCUGGUGUGAAUGGACUUCCCCCGACUCCUUCGUCCCCGGGAGCUCGCAGUACGCGAAGCACUCGGAGCGCUGGCGCCCGCUCGCUGCAUCUAGCUACCGGCGACGACGCUGUAUCAGUGUCCGCCUCGUCUGUUGCUGGUGACGAUGCUUCGCUCCCUAGCCUGCGGUUUUACAAUCGUUCUUCUCCGUCAUCCUCGGUUCGUGCGUUCCAGGACGAAGCUUCCGUGCAGUACGACCCAUCGAUUGAUGACACCGCAAGUGAGACACAUCAGCAGACGCUCCUUGCUUCGCUUCGGCGCAUGGAGGCAGCGCAGCUUCAGCGCGACGAGGAACUCCGGGAACAGAUGCGCGUAGUCAUGGGCAAUUUGGGCAACCACCUGACGGCUCAGGUAUCGACUCAGGUGGAAAAGUCGAUCCAGAAGCAGUUGCAGUCCGUGCUGGUGCCCGCCAUGGGUCGCAUCGUGCUGCACACGAUGGAGAACAACUUCAUGAAGCCGGUGCAGAAUGGAUUCCAGCAUGUGAUUAGUGAGAAGCUGAUCCCGUUGAUGGAGCAAAAGCUGGAUGACUCCUUGGCGACGUCGCUGCCGGACCAGCUCGCCAAUGGCGUUGACGACAUGGUUCAGCGUGUGGUGGAAGAUGUUCGCCAGCCUGUGCGUGAAUCGUUCCGUGAGUGCUUCCAGGACAUUUUGAUCCCGUCUUUCCAGGCCGCUACACAGAAGAUGUUCGAGCAGAUUAACGACACCUUCGUACAGGGAACGCGCAGUGCGUUUGAGGGCAGUGGACAGAACUCUAGCAAUGCGAAGGUUGCGAGUCAACUAGAGCAGUUGACGAAGGUGGUGGAAAGCUUGUCCCAGAAGGUGGAGCAACUGAGCACAACAGUCAAUGCUGGCAGCGUGAAUGGAGCACUGGUUCCUGCUGCGAAGUCUCCCGAGGAGCUGCAGUUCGAGACUCAGAAGGGCACGGUACUGGACUAUCUCGCACGAAAUGAUUGGGAGGAGGCGUUCAAGUUCGCACUGGGCGCGCAGAGCGUGAACCUGGUAGCAUUUACGUGUCAGCAGUGUGACCCCCGACUUGUCCUGAGCAGUCGCCCGCCGAAGCUCUCGCAGAUGCUGAUCCUGUGCUUGGUGCAGCAAUUGGGUGCCGACCUCGCUGACGACCUGGAGACAAAGCUCAACUGGCUGCGCGAGUCGCUGCUGGUGAUGAACAUUCGCGAUCAGAGUAUUGCUGGCUUCGUGACGAGUGUGCUUCAGGAGCUUCAGACAGGAUUGAACAGUGUGCCGGCGGAGUACCGUGACUCGCAGUACACGCUGCUGCACCACGUACUCAACUCCAUGCUUAACUCUGCGUGA